UCGCCCGCGGCUAUUUAUGUACGAAAACGUUACCUCAUUGUCAAGGCUUUAAUAGAAGUAUAUUGUCAUACUUUUGUGUCAAAUAUUAUAGAUAAAUGAAUAAUAAACCUAAAUCAAUGGCUAAAUAUAUCGAUAUAGGCCAGAAAUUAACUUUAAACAGCAGUGUCUGAGAGCAAGAUUUGCUAUAUAAACGGCAGCCAUUUGUAAAAUAGAGUGGCUUCCCCCUGAAUCUGGCGCUAAAGCUUAUAAAAAUAAAACUUAGACAAGAUGGCUGCUAUAGUAAAUGAGCAUGGUUGCAUCUGUUGGAAACAUCGCUAGUCUUCAUUUAUUACGGAAAAGUUUUAAUUCAAUUGUUUAAAAACAGAUCAUGGUCCUGGAGGACAGCCUUGACCUGAAGAAGCAGCGCAUGCUGUUGUUAGUGUCCCUGUACACCGUGCUAGCCUUUGUUGUUUACAGCUACCUCUAUGACAUCCUUGUUCUUCUGGUGCUGCUGCUUACCCUGUGGCUCAUUCAUGACCUGAUUAAAAAUUAUACCAAGGAGUAUGUGGAUCCCUCUGGGAAGUAUGUCUACAUAACAGGAUGUGAUUCAGGUUUUGGGCUAGAGGCUGCCAAAGCCUUGAGAGAGAUUGGCCUUAACGUUAUAGCUGGCUGUUUCUAUGACAGCAGCCCUGGGGCUGUGGAACUCAGGGCCAGGCCGUGGGUCAAGAAAAUUGAGGUGGUCAUACUGGACGUGUCCAACGAGGCAAGCGUCCUGGCCUGUGCUGAAGAGGUCAAACACAUCUGUCAGGAUCAGGGCAUCUGGGCUGUGAUCAAUAAUGCAGGGAUCAACUGUUUUGGCCCAGCAGAACUGGUAACCAUGGAGAUGUUCCACAGGUGUGCCGAGGUCAAUCUGUUUGGUGCUAUCAGGGUCAUCAAGUCAGUGCUGCCUCUGAUUCGACAAGCUGAAGGUCGAAUCAUCAACGUGACCAGUGAGGCUGGGUUCAACCCCCAGAAGGACAGGUCCCCGUACUGCACCACCAAGUUUGGCCUGGAGGCUUUCUCUGCCUGCCUGCGUAAGGAGAUGGACCCAUUGAAUGUUAAGGUCAUCACGGUGGCACCUGGGGAGUUUGCUGGGGCAACAAGUGUGGCCAAACAAAACAUUAAUGACUCCAUGAUAGAAAAACUCCUCCAGUCCCAUUCAGCCUUGUCCCUACAGGACCAACAGAACGCCUACAGGAAGGAGAACAUUGUAGGGAUGAAGGACAAAGUGCAGGCGGCCAUUGAGAGGUCCUGCUGUAGUUCUGAGCCAGUGGUCAAUGCUUAUGUGGAUGCUGUCCACAACGCUGACCCACUGCGGUGCUAUAUGGUGCAUGGGCUUAAAAGGAAGUGCUUGGAUCCAUUGAUUAUCAUGGCCCGCUGCCGUCCAUUCAUUCCAGAAAAAUGUGUGCACAUUGUGGAGAAGUUCUUCUUCGCUAUUCUUAACUAGGGACUAACUCAUUAGACUAUCAGCGACUCUGAAUGUGACUACUCUUCAGUUCAUGUGUAGUGUUUUAAAAAAUUGUAUUAUCUGUAAUACAAAUAUUAUGGUACAAUAAUAUUACAGGUAAUAUUGUACAAUAAUGUUACAGAUAAUAUGGUAUGAAUAUCUUGUGUUGUGUUCCACUUGCGUCACCAUUCAACCCUUUUCUAUUAUUAGUCAGAUUUUACAUCUUUUCAUUUUAUUUACCUUUUGGUAGAAUGGUUAUUUUUCUUUGGUGAAUGAAAAUUUUUUUUUUACAUGAGAAAAGGUUUUGCCUCUAUAAUUA